AUGAGUAGUGCUGGAGGUGUCAAACACGUUGCAAAUGUGCAGAACGACAAGGGGGUACGAUCUGUACAAAGUGGUGUGGCUCAGCCACCGUUAAUUGUCAUCCAGGGGCAACGCUAUCAUCUAAAUCCAUCUAAAUCAAAAUGGAUCACGAUUGGGCGAGCAUAUCACUGGAACUUCAAACCUGUAAUCAAUAUCAAGGGUUUAAAAACCGAGGGCGUUACGUUAAAUGAAGAAGACUGGUAUGAAGCAUUGAAUCAAGAAGGCAUUAUAACCAAUUUUUUCUUCAGUGAUGAUAUUUUCCAUCCGAUCCAAGAACACGGUGACUCUAGAUCGACAGGACUGGCUGUAAUUUUAACUUCUCUUUGGCUAGAACAUGAUAUAGCUAAAUUAGGAGGAAUUGCUGUCCCUUCAACUACAGCAUUGCUUAUAGAAAAUGUAGCUUCAUCAGAAACGAUUUUGAUACCAACGUUUCUCGUGGUAGGUAUUAUACCUACACCUAUCUAUAGUAAUUUAAAAGAAGUUUAA